CCUUUGAGUAACAAUUCGCCUGUCCUUUAGCCAUAUCCUGGCACAUCCUGUCACAUUCGGUAGAAUCUGCCGCAUUCUUGAUCCUUUGUGAGGACUUCGACUUUUUCCUAGGCUACUUCAGCUUCUUUGUACAAAAUCCAGAAUGAGCUACUCAAAGCGCAUUGCCAACGCCAAGAGCGACAAGUACCACAACAACAUCCAUAAGCGCGGAAAGGUGUGGGAUGGCAAGGAGAAGUCCAAGACGUCAGUUUCUGCUGGGCCUUGGCUGCUAGGCUUCUUCGCAUUCGUCUUGGUGGGAUCUGCUGUCCUGCAGGUCAUCAGGACAGCCAACAAUGGGACGCCUUUCUAGGCUAGGAGGAGCCAUGCCUGAGGUGUACAGUCUCAUGAUGGGUAUAUUUCAACAGGGCAGAAGCAAACCAGCACAUGUGCAUUACUUGACUGAAGUUCAUGUCUUGUAUGGCAUCAUGGAAUAUUUUGAACCACCCACUGUCUGCAAUAACGAUGGUGUAUCAGAAGUCACUUCCCAUCAUUGGGCGCCUUUUUUCUGACAGCUAGUAAUGCCUGCUGUGGGCUGAGAUGAUCUCCUGUCGCUUCAAGUGAACAUUCAUCGCCGUUUUUGGUGCUGCAAUCACCUUUUGCCCAAGUUCUGGGCAUAUUGUUGCCCAUCAAGUCCGCUGUGCAUGCAUAUAUGUCUGAACUCAAGACUCUCAAGAGGAAAUGAGGUGAUGCUGAUCUGAGAAACUCUCAUGAGAAAGUCAAUGAAGAACCAGAUGUCAGAUAUGUUAUGUAUAUAAUGUAGCAUU